AUGGCACUAAAAUUGUCAUGUAGGUUCUUCCCAUGGACAGAUGUUUCAAAACUACGUCAAGCCUGGCUCUCUACUAGUCGAAGUCUUCGUUCCCUCGCUUCUCACUUGAGCCUUACUGCUAUAUUACGCAUAACUGCCGAAUCUUCAAACCUGGAGAACCUUUACCAAUUAUUGUCCUUUAUCCACAAUGGUUCUUGCUCCAGUGAUGCAAAGGUAGUUGCCACCACCUCGCGAUGGUGCGAGAUCACGUUGAAACCUCCUUUACAAGAUAUUGAUUCAUCGGCAGCUGUUGUGACAUUGAAAGUCCCCUCGCAUCCCUCCUGGCCACUUCAAGAGACUCUAUUCACUCUUGUGCGGAACUUGACGACUCUCAGCGUUCACACCCUUCCUCGGGGUUCUGCUGCAGAAGCUUUUGGUAAACGGCUUGCUGAAAGCCUUCUCAACACAUACCGUCGGUUGGUAGGUGACCAAGAGGGCAAGCUGACACAACCUCAAGCUUUGCAACUCUUAUUUGACGUUCGAUUUAUCCUACGCCUGUUGGUUUGGCCUCUCGCUAGUACUGAAAAGCGACCCUCAAGCGUUGAUUCAUUCAAUGUGGGGAAUGUGACUGGGAUCGGACAAGAUCUUCUGAAAUGUCUUGAGACAGCAGUAGAUCCCUUUGAUCUGGAGAUGUGCUCAGAAUGCCUAAACGCUGGGAUCGGUUUUGCUGUGCGUGCGACUUCUGCUCUAUACGCUAUGUUGAUUCCAGUGUCUUUUGGCAUCGCCUUCGAAGAGGAAACAGGGGGAAGUAGGGAUGAUUUUUCUAACCUCGGAUUUCUUUCCCUGAUUCCGUCUUUAAAGGGGUUCGAUGGAGGGGUGACGAAAAAGGCUGUAAAAAUGCCAGUUUUUGGCCUCCUUCCUUUUUCCCUAUCUCAGGUUCGACCUCCACUCCACGUUACACCCACUGCCAGGAAAAGACAGCCAACUUUAGAGAAGUCCAAGGUAGUUUCAUCUGCUGCUCGCGGCUCCUCUGACUUUUUGUGGUUCGGUGGUCUUUCAUUUACCUAA